ACACUUAAAUUUCGAGCUAGCUCUCAUUAACUUUUGCUAACUAACAGAGCAAACUUUGAAUAAACAUUAACAUAAGAGUGAACAGAGAUGCAGCCAACAUAUUUUUCUGUAACGUUAGUAUUUCACCCAAGGGUUCAAGUUUUUCCACAAGAUGGCGGCCUUUGCUUUCAUAGUAAACAUAUCCAGGCGCGGACUACACUACAAGGCCAUCAGAAGACGGUGGGUGGUCGGUGAAGUCGUGGACUAUGUCUUUGGCAUGAGAAAGUCUGGUUUAAACAGCAGCAGUCACGGUAGCUGCUCAGGGAUGUGUCCGUCUUCAGAGCACCGCCCUCAAACAUUGGACCCAGCUGCACAGAGACACCGCUGCCUGUCAGGCUGACUGAGGACCGACACAUUAACACAACUGUCCAGGACUUUGUUUGACCAAAGACACUGUAAGGAGGAAGCGUUUGGCUCGGGUUGAGAUAUGAGACUGGGCAUGACGGUGCGGGCCAAGCAGAGGGUGUAGCCACAUCUGGCAGAGAGUGCUGAAGCAAGCAGGAGCCAUCUACUGUGACUGUGGGAAGAUGGGAGAGAUAGAGGAGGAUAGGGACAAUGUUGGAAAGCUGUUUGAGAACUUCGUCCAGGCCUCGACCUGUAAGGGGACUCUUCAGGCCUUCAGUGUCCUCUGCAGACAGCUGGACCUCGACCCUGCGGACAGCAGCACCUUCUACAGCAGUCUCAAGGCGAAGGUCACCAACUGGAAGGCCAAAGCACUAUGGAGCAAGCUAGACAAGAGGAUGUCCCAUAAGGAGUACAAGAAAGGCCAGGCCUGUGAGGGCACCAGGUGCCUCAUCAUCGGAGGAGGCCCCUGCGGCCUGCGGACGGCCAUUGAACUCGCUUUGAUGGGUGCCAAAGUGGUGGUGAUCGAGAAGAGAGACUCCUUCUCGAGGAACAAUGUGCUGCACCUCUGGCCCUUCACCAUUCAUGACCUGCGGGGCCUUGGGGCCAAAAAGUUUUACGGAAAGUUUUGUGCCGGGGCCAUUGAUCACAUCAGCAUUCAGCAGCUGCAGCUGAUCCUACUGAAAGUGGCCCUGAUUGUUGCAGUGGAGUUUCACAUCAAUGUGGAAUUUGUCAAGCUGCUGGAGCCACCGGAGGAUCAGGAAAAUGAAGGGAUUGGGUGGAGGGCUGCAAUCCGACCUGCUGAUCACCCUGUGGCUAACUUUGAGUUUGACGUUGUGGUGGGGGCUGACGGACGCAGGAAUACUCUGGAAGGUUUCAAAAGGAAGGAGUUCAGGGGAAAACUGGCAAUCGCCAUCACGGCCAAUUUCAUCAACAGGAACACCACUGCAGAGGCCAAAGUGGAAGAGAUCAGCGGUGUGGCCUUCAUCUUCAACCAGAAGUUCUUUCUUGACCUCAAAGAGGAGACCGGUAUCGACCUGGAGAACAUUGUGUAUUACAGGGACAACACGCAUUACUUUGUCAUGACUGCCAAGAAACAGAGCCUGCUGGACAAGGGAGUCGUCAUUAAUGAUUACAUAGAAACCCAAAUGCUGCUGAGCAGUGAGAAUGUCAACCAGGAAGCUCUUCUGUGCUACGCCCGAGAGGCUGCUGACUUUGGCACCAACUACCAACUUCCCACGCUGGAUUUUGCCAUGAACCACUGUGGGCAGCCAGAUGUAGCGAUGUUCGACUUCACAAGCAUGCACGCCUCAGAGAAUGCUGCUCUCAUCCGGGAGAGAUUUGGACACCAGCUGGUCGUGUCACUGGUUGGUGACAGCCUGCUAGAGCCCUUCUGGCCCAUGGGGACGGGUUGCGCCAGAGGCUUCCUUGCUGCCUUUGACACGGCCUGGAUGGUGAGGAGCUGGGCUCAGGGUCGAACGGUUCAGGAAGUGCUUGCAGAGAGGGAGAGUAUUUACAGGCUACUUCCACAGACAACACCUGAAAACAUUGCCAAAAACUUUGACCAGUACACCAUAGACCCUGGGACAAGAUACCCCAACCUCAACUCUUCUUGUGUUAGGCCACACCAGGUGCGUCACUUGUACAUCAAUGGAGAGCUGAAUACCUGCUCUCUGGAGCGUGCUGCUACCAUACGCCGGCCUGUCAAUCUCAGCAGACGUGAGUCAGAGAUUAGACCGGCGAGGCUCCUCACCUGGUGCCAGAAACAGACCGAGGGCUACAGGAAUGUGGUUAUCACAGACCUGACGACUUCUUGGAAAAGUGGCAUCGCUCUCUGUGCCCUCAUCCACAGAUUCAAACCCCAGCUGAUAGAUUUUGACUCAUUAAAUGAGGAGGACCAUGCUGGAAACCUCCAGCUGGCUUUCGACAUCAGUGAGCGUGAAUUUGGGAUUCGAUCCUUCACAUCUGUGAAGGAGCUGAGUGACGAUCAGGAGCUGGAUAAGACCUGGAUGAUCACCUACCUGUCCAAAUUCUAUGAGCUCUUCCGUGGCACACCUCUACCGCCCUCAGGUUCUAGAGGAGUGGAUGAAAACAAUGAAGAUUAUCCAUCUAUAGAGGUCAGGAGUAACAAUAAUGUGCUCAAUCAUGCACUGCCCAGGAAAAGGGUACCAAAGCAUUUUCAGGAUGAAAAGAAGUCAGAUGGUACAGAUCCCAUAUACAAAAGGAGGCGGAAAUUCUGCAGUUAUUUGGAGGAGGCCACCAAUCUAUCAAGUAAUGGUUCUCCAGUGCGAGAGGACCAAGAGCCCAAAGAAAACAAAGUGCGGUCAAUGGCUAGUCAAUUGCUGGCAAAAUUUGAAAACAAACCCAACUACACCCUCCGGAGAACACAGUCUGACAGUGAGAGGUCCUCCCCGCUGCAAACUCUUGACCUGAGUGAGAUUCUGCACAUUAAACUCAGGCCUGCGGUCCCACUCCCACCUAAACCUCCUCCUGAGAUACAGUUUGAAGUCAGUCUCAGAGAAGCAGCAGAACACUUAGUCUGCCCACCUCCAAAGACCCUGCCCAAACCCAAACUGCAGCCUCAGUCCCUGCAUCCAUUUUCUGUAGUGAAACUCAGACAUGUUGAUCAAACACACGCUGAGACGAAGCCUCAGCCUGAGAGUGCAGACCCCCCUCCUCCUGCUCCUCCGUCCUGCCUCUCAGCCAUCCAGUUCAUGUCAAGAGUCCUCCAGCGCCUCAGGGAGGUGGACGAACACGUCUCUGAGAAAAAAGCUCAGACACAACAGGCUAGAGAGUUUCAGACAAAGAGCAUAAAGGAGAAAGGUGUUCACCUUAGCGGGUUGUUCUCAGGAGACGGCUCAGCUGUACUCAAGGGCGGCUCAGUACGAAGGGCGUUCCCCCCGUCUGGUGACAAGUGUCACUCAUGUGAGAGGCGGGUGUACAUGGUGGAGAGGGUCUGCACUGAGGGGCUCUACUUCCACAGGGAGUGUUUUCGCUGUUCUACCUGUGGCUCCACGCUGCGGCAGGGAGCGCAUGCCUUUGACUCCGAAGAGGGGAAAUUGUACUGCAAGCUUCAUUUCGACCAACGCAACAAUGGGACAACCCUACGAAGGAAUUUGUCUCUACGCUCAAACCGUAUUGGAGCUGGACUUCAGGAGCGAUGUGCUGAUGAUGGGCAGAGCUCUGAGUCCAGCAGCACAGCAGACCUGCAGAGUGAAUCCUCCGCAGGUACCUUCAGCUCGUUCAUAAGGAAACAGCUGAGCUGGCCCCUGAGUGUGACUCGUGCUGUGUGUCAUGCCCCCUCGUAUCUGUCCCGCCGUGUGCGUAGUACAGCACAGGCCAUUGCCGGCCACCUGAGGGACAAUGUCCAGGACUAUGCAUCCCUGUUUGAGCUACUGAGCAUGAGCUUGCCACUGCUGCUUGUUUUACAAGAGGUACUGCUGCAGAUGUACACAGAAGCUGUUCCCGAUGGGCCCGGCUCUCUACAGCCUCUGCUGCUGUGGCUGCAGGAGCAUAUAAGCCACAGGCUCAUGUAGACGCACAGCAGACUCCAGCUGACUCCAUAUCUGUCGCCGAGUGGCCCAUUAGCUGGAGCGUUCUCAUCUUGUUAUCAUUUGUAGCCGUGCACGAGCACCUUUUAUUGUUUACUUGCCUUUAAUGAUGAUACUGUAUUGGAUGUACUUAAGCCAAAGACAAGAUGCAACAUUUGGGAAAAUUUGUCAAAAUGAAAGCUGCACCAAAUAAUGUUGCCAUGCGUCUGAAUUGGAAACUGUACAGUACCUAUCAGAUGUAUAAACAGGCCACAGUCAGUGCAUUAGAGACUCGAGACUGCUGAGACGUCGGAUCAUCGUUGCUGUAGAACUCAACCUUUUACAAACUGUUUGGGAAGAAUGGAUCCUGCAGUUGAAAUAGUUUAACUCAGGUUAUGACUGACCGACUUGAUGCACUUUAUGUUUGACAACUGCCUUGUCGUCGCAGUAAACUGUCACACUAGAGAAAAGCCUGAAAAUCCAGGCAGGUUUUCUUUUGACUAUACAUAUGUGCUCCUGACAUAUGUUUUUUUUUUUUAAAUUUUUAUUCUAUAUGCAGGUAUGUGUGUUUUACACACGUCAGCAGUUUGCUGAUAACCUUUAUUUACCCUGACCGCUCUGUUUACUUUCAUGAACCGUUUUUUCUAUUGAUUUUUCCUUGGAUAAACCCAAAGAAUCUCUUUGGACACUAUGCUCUUGUGAGUUUCCUUCUCAGUAUUUACUUGGACUUUGCUGCCAUCUACUGUCGACUCUCAGAAAAAACCAUGAGGACAAAAGGAGACGUUCUUGUAUGCAAUUACAGACAGACACGUUUUGAAUAAUUGAUUCAUGAAAGAUUUAACUGUAGACAAUAGAAGCUGGCAAGCAUGCUGUGGUGUGUGUGUGUGUGUGUGUGUGUGUGUGUGCUUGCCACUCUUGCCUUCAUUUUAAAGCGUGUUGUUAGAAAAUCAACUGCAAACCUCCGACUGGAAGCCACGCAGUCGCUUCCUGUUCAAACACACUACACAAUCUAAUGAUGCUUAUGAAGCACUUUAGAGUUUCAGAGUUGUAUUGUUUUUCUUUAUAGAAUACUUUAAAAUGUUAUCAGCUUUUAUUCUAAGAGUUUACGGCAUGAUGUGCUGGAUUUGCAAUAAGAGCUACCUAAGUGUUGAUGUUGAAUCUGCUGCAUGUAAUAUGAGUCACAUGUCUGGUUUACAGUGCAGUGGCGGGGUGGAAGAUAUCAGUGUUCUGCUUUUGAAUACCAAAGAACUUGUUUCCAUUCACACUCACUGGACAUUUGUUUUAUAAAAACUGUAACACAAGAUGAAAAUCAUGCAAACUGUAUCGUGAUGGUGCCAACAUACAGGUAUCAUCUUCUUUAUGACUGUCAGUAUCUUGUUCUCAUAAACGUUUUCUACUUUCA